AUGCAGUUUAUUUGUCUUCCUUUCACCAUACGGCACGGGGAAAUAAGGAAAUGUGGAGGGAAAAAAAACAGCAAACGCGUACUUAAGGAGCGAGGACACUGGAGCAACAAGGUGGAGUACAUUCUGGCGGCCGCCGGGAACAUUGUGGGCCUGGGUAAUGUGUGGAGGUUUCCGUACUUGUGCUACAAAAACGGCGGCGGUGCAUUCCUGGUGCCGUAUCUGGUGUUUGUUGUUACGUGUGGUGUACCGCUCUUCCUUUUGGAGACCACCAUGGGCCAGUACACCCAAGAGGGGGCCGUCACCUGCUGGAGGAAGAUGUGCCCACUGGCUCAAGGUAUCGGCUAUGGUGGGCAGCUAAUACAGAUGUCCCAUUCUGUGACCUACAUCAUUAUUCUGUCCUGGGCUGUCUUCUACCUGGUGUUCUCCUUUUGCCCCACCCUGCCCUGGAGCACCUGCAACAACUACUGGAACACAGCAAAUUGUGUCGAUGUUACAAUAAGCAAUCACACCAACCACAGCAAAGGAACCGCAGCUGCAAUUGAGUUCUGGGAACGUCGAGUGUUAAAAAUCUCAGGUGGUAUUGAGGAGAUCGGCAGCAUCAGGUGGGAGUUGCUUUUGUGCCUCCUGGCUAUGUGGGUCGUUUGUUACUUCAGCAUAUGGAAAGGGGUCAAAUCGAGUGGAAAGGUGGUGUACUUCACUGCCACUUUCCCUUAUGUGAUGCUACUCAUCCUUCUGAUCCGAGGAGUCACUCUUCCGGGAGCCGGACAAGGAGUGGAGUUCUACCUUCUGCCCGAGGUUUCGCGACUGAAAGACCCUCAAGUUUGGAUGGAGGCCUGCUCACAAAUCUUCUUCUCGUACAGCCUCGGUGCGGGUACCUUGACUGUACUGGGAAGUUACAACAACCAGCGCAACAACUGUUACAAGGACUGCUUGUUGCUGUGUUUGCUGAACAGUUGUACCAGUGUGGUCGCUGGCUUUGCCGUCUUCUCGGUGCUGGGAUUCAUGGCUCACGAGCAAGGUGUUCCAAUCUCACAAGUGGCUGAGUCAGGUCCAGGCUUGGCAUUCAUCGCGUACCCUCAGGCGGUGGCCAUGAUGCCGCUGCCUCAAUUCUGGGCUGUCUGCUUCUUCAUCAUGAUCAUCCUCCUGGGCCUGGACACACAAUUUGUUGGCGUGGAGGAGGUGAUGACGUCUGUCUCGGACAUCUUUCCCACAGUGAUGCGUCGGGCGGGGAGGCGGGAAAUUUUCCUUCUGCUCUUCUGCCUCACAGCUUUCUUCUUUCAGCUCAUCAUGAUUACCGAGGGAGGGAUGUACAUCUUCCAGAUUCUUGACUACUACGCAGGCAGUGGAGUCUGUGUCCUCUUUGUCUGCGUAUUUGAAAGCUUGGCAGUAGGCUGGAUAUUUGCUGAAGAAGGAGUCCUGUCGGACCUUUUUGGCCAGUGGGACUCCUGA